CCCAGCGAUUUCGCUGCAGUAGCAUCUUCAGAUUGUCGGCGAGUGGACGCGGAUAUUAGCCAACAAAGACCACCUCAUCACAAUAUCAGAACUCUGGAUAGCCGCAUCUGUCAGCCAGGACUCCACAAUGAAGCGUCUCGAGUGGCUGCUGCUCCUGGCGUUGGUAGCCUCCGUUUCAACGGCAGUGACUCCAAGGAGAAGGCGCCACAACGCGGUGGAAUCCGCAACUACCUCCAGUCUCGGUGAUUGGGGAUCAGCCUGGGGCUUGGGUCCCGAGAUGGCACUCGUGAGGAGGGUUUACGACGAUUGCCAAGAAAAGAACGACUUCAUUGGCUGCCUGAAACAGAAAGCCCUCCAUGCUCUUAGUCGAGCCCUGGACCAGGACUCCAUCAAGAUAGUGGAUGGUCUGGUGCUGGAGAAGCAGAACCAGACCGAAACUGAGAGCAUACUGGGCUCCCUGACGGAUGCCCGGCAAUUUGGCAACCUGGCGCCCAUCGAUCGAGCCCUUCUCUCCAAGGCGGAUAAGCUGAUGCGGACACACACGCUCAAAAUCGACAUGGACGGAGGCGGCGGAGAGGAUAGCGUGGGCCGUGGGCACGGCCACAAGAAAAAGAAGCACAAGGAGGGGGGCCACAUCAAGUACGUGGUGGCCGCCCUCCUCACCGCCAUGGGCAUCGCUGGUCCAUUGGGUCUGAAGGCUCUGGCCGCGAUCGCCGGCAAGGCGCUCGUCAUCAGCAAGGUGGCCCUGACCAUUGCCGGGAUCAUAGCGCUCAAGAAACUCUUCUCGCACGACCACAGCGAGGAGACCAGCUUCCAGGUGCAUGCGGGUGAACAUAACAGACGCAACACAUACGUGAUCCGACCGGUGUCCAAGACGAGUGGUGGGGCAGGCGCCGGUGGCGUGGGCGUGACCGCCGCCGGCGGCAGCUCUUCAGUGGAUCCGUAUCGCUACUACUACGAAUACCACCAGCAGUAACGCGACUGCACAGUGGCGAUAGCGGUGUCUGGAGAAAUCUCCGCCGUUUUUCGGCGCCGGAGUCUUGAUGCAGCUAGACUACCAAAGAAUCGAUCCACAUUCGGUCGGACCAAUUGGAGUCCGACAGCAGCCGUUCACCUUCAUAUAGCUCCUAAGUUGUAGGCUAAUAUAUUAUGCAGUUGCGCGAACCCUGAGAAUAAAGUCCAAAUAAUAAACAA